AUGAGUGAAAAUUAAUAAGAUGACCAAAUUAGCCCUUUGGAUUUUGGAAAAUAUCAUUCAGAACAUAAGAGAGAUCAUCGAGAGAUUAAAUCUAUGCCAACAAAACUUAGUGAGCCAAGAGGGAGUAUACAAUAUCCUUAACAUGUGUCUGUGGCUAUAGAAGAUGAUACAAGUUCGCAAAAUGAAUCAAGAUGGUAUGCUAAGAAUAAUUAAUAUAAAUUACUAAUUGGAAAUGAAAGAACUGGGUUUGUUAAAAAAGUAUAAAAAUAAAUAGUAAAAGGUCUAUUCAAUAAUGAUAAUAUAAUUACUUUUAACAGUGGGAAUGUGCAUAAUAUCAUAUUUAUCAAUUGAAUACAGAAUGUUCUAAUUAUAAAACAAUGGUUAUGCAUAUUUGGCAUUAGGGAUUGCAAUAUUAAUUGAAUUGGUUCUUUUUUGUAUACCAAAAUUUGCUUGGAGAGUACCCUAUAAUUAUAUACUUUUAUUGAUAUUUACAAUUUGCGAGGGUUAUUUGAUUUCAAAUAUAUGCAGUUAUGUAUUUGAUAAAUAUAGUUAGAAUGGUGGUAAAAUGAUUUAAUUAUAAAAGGUUUUAUUGUACUAAUGGCUGCUGG